AUGACGACACCUGGAGCAGGAGCAAUGAGUGCUGCGGCAGCGAGCGGAGGUCCCGAUGGAAAUUGGAGAUCGACUCAGUUUAGAUCAAAAGUCGUCGCACAAAUCAAUGAUGCCUUACGAGAUGCAUGCAACCCAAUAGAGAAAUCAGGCAGCGAGCUGGAGGAGCACAUCUUCAACAGGGCAAGGGAUAGGGACAGUUACCUGAGUCUCGUAGCUCGUCUUAUCCUCCAUAUGAGAGACAGUAAUGCUGCCAAAGAGAAAGGUCUAACUGGUAGAAUGACUCCCAACAUGGCAGGUCAGCAACAAGAUCCAAUGGUAGCUUUGCAGGGGCUAACUCAGAUGGGCCAGUCCCACAGCCCCGGUGGUCCCAGUCUCCAGAUGCAGCCCAACCCUAAUCAGAUGGUUCCCGGAGUCGGUAACCAAGGCAACAGGCCCAUGAUGAGGAACCAGAUGGGACAACCACAAGGUCAGCAUCUUCAAUAUUUCUAA